AUGACUACCGCCCAUAGACCUACGUUUGACCCGGCACGUGGCAAGGAAGCUCCAAAGGGGCCUGCCUACCAUCAACGCCUUCUGCCUGCACACACGCAGCUAAAAUACCGAAAGCCUGGGCAGGGCGGGAACACCGACCAUGAAGUGCGCGACCUUCGAGCGGAACUGCUGGCUGCGGAGGCAUCGCAUUUUGCCAAGGUUCGCGGGACGCCAAUGGUCAUCGAUAGCGCGGCAUCUGAAACCAGCCGUACUGCGGAUGCGGCGCCCACCUCCGACCUGCAGCGAGAGCUGGAGAAGAUCAAACGCGAACGGGCAGAAAAACGGGAACGAGAAGAACAAGAAAAGGCAGCAGCCGAGGCGGAGGCAGAGGAACGAGAAAUCGCACGAGGCAAUCCGCUGCUAAACAAGCCUGACUUUACGCUGAAGAGGCGCUGGGACGACGACGUGGUAUUCAAGAAUCAGGCACGCGGCACCGACGACAGAGGAAAGAAGAAGGAGUUUAUCAACGAUCUUCUCCGCUCCGACUUCCACAAACGGUUUAUGAGCAAAUACGUCCGUUAA